AUGGCUGAACAGACGGAGCGCGCUUUUCAGAAGCAGCAGGGGGUCUUCCUCUGCGGCGACUACUCAUCGAAAAAGAAGCUGAGGACCCCGGGCAAGGCGGGUAACCGUUACUACAAGAACGUGGGGCUGGGCUUCAAGACGCCCCGCGAGGCCAUUGAAGGCACGUACAUCGACAAGAAGUGCCCCUUCACGGGCAACGUGUCGAUCCGCGGGCGCAUUCUGUCGGGCACGGUGCUGUCGACCAAGAUGAACCGCACCAUCACCAUCCGCCGCGACUACCUCCACUUCGUGCGCAAGUACCAACGGUACGAGAAGAGGCACUCAAACCUGUCGGCGCACGUGUCGCCGUGCUUCCGCGUGAAGGAGGGGGACCAGGUCAUCGUGGGGCAGUGCAGGCCGCUGUCGAAGACGGUGCGAUUCAACGUGCUCAAGGUGAUUCCACACGGCUCUGAUGCCAAGACCAAGAAGGGAUUCAGCGGCAUGACACCCCACACAAAGAGAGUCAAGAUGAGUUUGGAGGCGGUGCCCGAGUCGAUCGCGAAGAAGCGCGAGCGCGAGGAGAAGUGGGGCGCGGCGAUCGCCAAGAAGGCGGCGGAGACCAAGGCCAAGAACAAGCUCAUCCGCAAAAUCAUCCACCAACGCGCCGCCGCCUAUGACAAGUCGUACGCGCGCAAGGAGCGCGAGCUGGUGGAGUUGAAGCGCGAGGCGAAGCUGAGCGGCGGCUUCUACGUGGAGCCCGAGCCCAAGCUGCUCUUCAUCAUCCGCAUCCGUGGUGUGAACGACAUGCACCCCAAGACGCGCAAGAUUCUUCAGCUGCUGCGCCUUCGCCAGAUCUUCAACGGAGUGUUCCUGAGGGUCACCAAGGCCACUCUGCAGAUGCUGCGAUUGGUGGAGCCCUACGUCACCUACGGCUACCCGAACCUGAAGUCGGUACGCGAGUUGAUCUACAAGCGCGGGUACGGCAAGGUCAGGCACCAGCGCAUCCCCCUCACUGAGAACUCCGUCGUCCAAAAAGUGCUGGGGCAGAAGAAGAUUCUGUGUGUGGAGGAUUUGAUUUACCAGAUCUUCACGACGGGCCCGCACUUCAAGGCGUGCAACAACUUCCUGUGGCCCUUCAAGCUGUCGGCGCCCAACGGUGGCAUGAAGAAGAAGCGCCUGCACUUCGUGGAGGGCGGUGAUGCUGGUAACCGCGAGGACAAGAUCAACGCGCUCAUCCGGCGCAUGAACUAA